UUGGUUGUAGUCUGGUUUGUGUUUAAUGCCCAAAGGAUAUAUUCCAAGAUGAUGUUGGAGUGUGUGGAUGGGUCAGGGACCAUCGACUUGCCUCCCGGCCUCAGCACCAUCGGCCGAGGGCCCCUCCUCGGGGUUUCUGAUAAACGAGUGUCCCGAAACCAUGGCCUGCUGGAAGUAUUAGAUGAGAAACUGCGCAUUAAACCGAUACAUGUUAAUCCAUGCUUCCAUCAGUCCUCAAGUGGAGAGCAGCUUCUGCCCUUGGAGAAAGAUAAAUGGCACUGGCUGUACCUAGGAGACUGCUUUUCUUUGCUGCCAGACAAAUACAUAUAUAAAGUUAUUUCUUCCAGUUCUGACCAGACAUUAAGAAACAGUGACCUGUCCAGUUUUGAAGAUGAUCAAUCUAACUCAGAAAGUUUGCAAACAGGUCAAAAGAAGUUUACAAAUGGCUCUGAGAAAUCAGAGGAUUGCACAGAAAAACCUACUGAAUCUUUCAAGCCAAAGACAAGAGAUCCAAAAGCCAAAUCCAGCACGUUUGAACCAAAGAACAUUUUGGAGAACACGUCAAAGAAUGAGCAACAGAAGAAUGGUAAUGCAUCACUGAAUCCUGUGCAGAGGAAAAGGAUCUUGCCAGCUUGGAUGCUGCAAGUUCCAACUUCACCUUCUGUCACUAAACAAGGUAAAGGAAGGGGACGAGGAAGAGGAAGAAGUGAUGCAGAGGAAACCAAAACUGAGGUAAAUCAACCAGGAAGAAAAAGAAAUGAAUCAUUUGAGAAUAUCAAAGAAAAUGAAGCUUCAGAUCAACCACUAGAGAAAAAGGGCAGAAGGAAAAUCACUGAGGCAAGUGAAAGUGAGAAGCCUACUCUCAGCAAGAGCAAUACGAAGGAGAAUAAUUUUGGAACAAAUUCCACUUACGAGAAAAGGAAAGAAGAAAUAAGGAACCAAUUCAGUAUGCUUUCUCAGACUAAGGGGAACUGGAAGCUUGAUGAUGUUGAAGGGAGCAGCCAAGAACAUUGUGGCCCACAGAAAUCAGAUGAAGUAAGCAACUGGGCAGUGAGUGAUAGGGAGGAGGAGAAGGAGGAGGAAGUGCAGGAACAGCUGCGGCACACACAUAUGCAAGAUCCCCAUUGUAAAAAUAGAAGCCCAGGACUUGAAGAAAUGGAGUCAGCUGGAGGCACAAGUUGUUCUCAAGCUAAAGAUCAAAAGAAGAGAGCAUGUGUAUAUGGAAGUAAUUGCUACAGGAAGAAUCCACUUCACUUUCAAGAGUUUAGUCAUCCUGGAGAUCCAGAUUAUGAGGACCCAUUAAGAGAAGAAGAUGAUGAUAACAAACCAGAGUGUCCUUUUGGAACUGCUUGUUACAGGAAAAACCCACAGCACAAGAAAGAAUACAAGCACACUCAGCCUCCAGAAAGCAAAGUAAGAAGAUCAAGAAGGAAAGUUGCUCAGAAAGGUAAUAGUCCACUGGAUCAUGAGAGUGAUGACGAUGGUGAGCCCAACCAAUAUGAUCUGGAUGAUAGUUUUAUUGAUGAUGAAGAAGAUGAAUUGGAUCCUACUGAUGAAGAUUCUGAUUGGGAACCAAGUUCAGAUACAAAUGAAGAUAUUGAUACAUUAAGAAAAGAAGCUAAUAGAUUUGUAAAUAGGCGUUAAAAAUUGGAAAAUUUUAAUUAUUUUUGGAUUCUUUCUGUUGCACUGAAAAUAACAUUUGAUAGCUGGAGUUUCUGUGACAGUUCAGUACUUUUAGCUACUUGAUAUUUUAUCUUUAUGGAAUUCACUUACCAAUUUGAAAUGAUUAUUAGUUCAGAAACAGAAUAAGCUUGUAAAUUGAAUAACAAGCUUGUUAUCCACUACGAAAAAUUAGGAGUACAAGACCUUAAAGUUUGCGAUAUUGUUCGAACAUGUGAAAAGUUUCUGUAUAUUGCAACUGUUUGUCUUUGCACUAGAAGGAAUGAAGCAUUUAUUUCUGAUCAAUGUUUAUUGAUCCUACUAGCAGCCGAUGAGUUGCUGCUGUAGUCUCCAGUCCAUGGUUUUGGAAACAGGUGAAUGUAUAACAAAGUCUGGUUUCUUUAUGUAAAGAAAACUGAAUUCUAUUUCUUUGUAAUCAUUGAUUUUGUAAAAUUGCUUCAUCCUACAAUGCACAAUGUGGAUUAACACUAUAAUUAACCGGCUUUUAGUUUUAACACUUUCAUCUUGACUUGCUAACUGAAUGUAAAUCUAAGCAAUUCACUUUUAUACAAAAUGGGUUUGGGAUAUAAUUAGUAUGCAAAUCUCACAAUAUAAACACUUUUUGCUCUUGAUAAUUUUGCUUUUUUUUAAUCUUGCUGUAUUUAUUUUUUAUUGUGAUGCUUUGUUUCAUUGGAGAUUCAUCUAUGCCUGUAGUUAAUCAUGUGUAAGUGACAAAUUGGACUUCAUCAAGUUCCAAUUAACUGACAUAACAACUUACAUUUAAAUAACACCUUAAUAUAACAAAGCACUCUAAAAUGAAGCCUCUUAAAUGAUUAUUUUAUUCAAAGUGCAGAGUAAAUUUAAUAUCGAAGUACAUAUGUCACCAAAUACAACCUGGUGAUUCAUUUUUUUUAAUGGGCAUACUCAAUAAAUCAAAUAACCAUAAUAGAAUCAAUGUAAGACUGCACCAACAGGGCAUACAAUUGUGCAAAAGAUAACAAACGGUGCAAAUACAAAAAAAAGAAAUAAUAAAUAACUAAGCAAUUAAUAUUGAGAACAAGAGAUGAUGAGUCUUUGAAAGUGAGACCAUGAGUAGUGGGAACAUUUCAUUGAUAGACUGAAUGAAGUUAUUCCCAUUGGUUCAAGAGCCUGAUGUCUGAGGGGUAAUAACUGUUCCUGAACCUGUUGGUGUGAGUCCUGAGGAUUUUGUAACUUCUUCCUGAUUGCAGCAGCAAGAAGAGAGCAUGGCCUUGAUGGUGGUGGUCUCUGAUGAUGGCUACUGCUUUCUUGUGACAAUGCUCCAUGUGGAUAUGGUUAAUGGUGAGGAGAACUUUAUCCAGGAUGAAUUGGGCUGUAUCCACUACUUUUGUAGGAUAUUACAUUCAAUGCCAUUGGUGUUUCCAUACCAAGCAAUGAUACAGUCAAUCAAUAUGCUUUCCUCCAUGCAUCUAUAGAAGCUUGUCAAAGUUUUAGAUAUCAUACCAGAUCUUCACAGACUCCUAAAGAAAUAGAAGUGUUGUCAUACUUUCUUUGCAAUUGUACUUAAUGUGCUGGGCCCUCUGAAAUGUUAAUGCUGAGGAAUUUAAAUAUGCUGCCUUCUCUAUCUCUGAUCCACCAAUGGGGAUUGGCUUAUGGACCUCUGGUUUCCUCCUCCUGAAGUUAAUAAUCAGCUCCUUGGUCUUGCAAACAUUGAGUAACUGGUUGUGGUGUAGUGGUCUGGCUGGUGGUGUAGUGGCAUCUGCACCUGACUUCAAGGCAGAUGGUCUUGAGUUCAAACUCAGCUGGGUCUCAAUCUGAGCAGCAACAGUAUCUGCACAGAAGAAAGGCUUGACAAUUUACUUCCAUAUUUUGCCAUGAAAACCCUAUUGUCCAUGGGGGCACAAAGAAUCGGACUUGACUUAACGACUGAAUAACAAACAGAUUUCAAAUCUCCAUCAUGUUGGUUUGGCCUACAGCCUAUGGAGUUGUGCUUAGCCACACAGCCAUAAGUGUAAAUCAAAUAGAGCAGGGGACUAAGCUCAGAGACUGUGGUAUAACUUUGCUGAUGGAGAUUGUCAGGAUAUGUUGCCAAUCUGAACAGAUUGGGACUUUUAAAUUAGGAAAUCGAGGAUCCAGUUGCUCAAGGAGUUCUUGAGGCCAAGGUCUUGAAGCUUUAUUUGGUUUUGAGGGAAUGGUAGUAUUGAAUGCCAAGCUGUAGUCAAUACAGAACAUCCUGUUGUAUGCAUCUUUUCUGUCCAGAUGCUUUAGGGUUGCAUGAAGAGUCAAUGAGAUGGCAUCUAUUGAUGGACCUGUUGUGCCAAUAGGCAAAGUGGAGUGGAUCCACGUCACUUCUCACGCAAGAGUUGAGAUGUAUCACCACCAACCUCUCAAAAUAUUUCAUUACUGUAGAUGCAAGUCAUUGAGGCACGUUACCACAUUCU